CACUGUGGAGCCGAGCAGGAGCAGAUAGUAAGAACCAGACAGAGAAUUUGAAAGCUGGAUAAAAAGAGAUAAAGACUCACCUCUGAAUAUGAGUGGAGCAUUUAACAAAUUCAUCAUGGGACUACGGAGCUUUAUAACGGAGUAUUUUCUUGGUUUCUGGGACUAUGAAACCCCCAAGGUGAUGGUGGUUAAGAACAGAACUCUUGGAGUCAUUUACAGAGCUGUUCAGUUUCUUGUGAUCACUUAUUUCAUCUGGUAUGUCUUCAUAAGUCAGAAAGCAUAUCAAGACAGUGAAACUCGUCCAGAGAGCUCAGUGUACACUCGGAUGAAAGGGACAGCAGUUCAUGGAGAUCACAUUCUGGACACUGUGGAGUAUGCUCGACCCUCAGAAGGCGGUGAUGUGAUCAGUACAAUACUGAGACGAGAAGUUACAUAUGAUCAGAUGCAAGGAACCUGUGCUGAGCAUUACCUUGUUGAAAAUGCCAACUGUACGACAGAUUCUGACUGUGUUGAGGGGGAGGUUAACUUUGAUGGCCACGGCAGGAAGACUGGAAGAUGUGUCCAGUACUACAACUACACCUUCAAAACCUGUGAGGUCCAGACCUGGUGUCCUGUUGAGGAGCACGCUGCAGUACGAGAACCAGCAUUAGUGGAGGCCAUCAAUUUCACAGUGUUCAUCAGGAACUCUAUCCACUUCCCCAAAUUCAAAGUGCUCAGAGGAAACAUUAAGGAUGCUUCAAAUAAACGUGACAUGCAUAAAUACUUAAAUAAGUGCCAUUAUGAUGAGGAGAAUGAGCCAUAUUGUCCAAACUUCCGACUGGGCUACAUCGCAAAUCAGGCAAGGGAGAAUUUCAAUGAGCUCUGCAGGACGGGUGGAGUGAUUGGGGUUUUCAUUAACUGGAAAUGUGAUCUGGAUGUGGAUCCAUCACGGUGUAAACCUACAUAUGCCUUCCGUCGUCUUGAUGUCCGAAAGGAUCAGGCCAAUUCUGGCUAUUAUUACAGGUUUGCCAAGUAUUACAACAAAGAUGGGGUAGAGUCUCGGACACUUAUUAAAGCCUUUGGCAUCCGUCUGGAUGUCAUAGUUCACGGACAUGCUGGAAAAUUUAGCCCCAUCCCAACCAUCAUCAGCACAGUGACUGCAAUGACUUCUGUGGGGAUUUGUACAAUCAUCUGCGACUGGAUCAUGUUGACAUUUAUUGACAAGAAUGAAGUCUAUAGUGAGAGAAAGUUUGACGAAGUGGUCAAGGAGCCCACAGAGCCAAUUCCCACAGAGUUUGGUUACAUUAAAAACUAUGGCUCAAACCACUCAGACCUGUCAGAUGGCGUGCCACUGUGACGUCAGUCCUCACCGGCCGAGUGUGUGGAUGCUUUUCCAUCAGCUGACUAUGGUGUCUCAGGUGUUGUUAAGUAAUGAACUGACCACUGCAGUGGGAAUGAACUGAAGGAGAACAACAACUGCUUCUGUCUGUCUCUACCCGAGCAGCAGAUACAGCUCAUAUUUAUCUCCAACUGUGUAGAUCUCUACACGAAGCUCAGUUAUACAGUAUCACAUACAGAAUGCAUUUAUUUUCUCAAUAUGAAAACAAACUAAGCCAUUUCGUAACAGGAGAAAUUUGAGUGCACAAUAAUCAGAAACCUCUUUACAAAUGUAUCAGUGUAUCAUUCAACACAAUAAACAUCUUCUAUCAACUUGUUUUAAAAUUAAUCUUUGAUGCAAUAUUUUUUUCUGACUAUUUAUGGUAUGUUGAAUGAGACAUAAUCUGGCUGAUCAUAUGCAGAUUCAUUUUCUGUCUUUCAACCUAAUGUGUUCAACACAAAGAGAAAUACAGGAGGAAACGUUCGGGAGACGCACAAGAGGAGCAACUGGCAGUAAUCAAAUAACUGCAACAUUUCCUAUAAAAUGGUUUCUCUAACAAGAUUGUGGGGAAGUGUGAAUCCAUCUGGAACGCUGGAGUGGUGAAAGAAGACUUAUGCUCAUGUCUAAUGGAUUGUUGUCUACCACAAAGGAAGAGGGGGCACAAUGGAAAACCCAAUGUUGGUUCAGAAAGUUGUGUUUAUCUGUCAAGAUCUGAGAUGAUUUAUUGUUGGGGAACAAGAAAAAGGGUAGUGGUUUUCAGUCACUACUACAAUGAAAAAAAAGUUACUAAUUUAAUUUGGAUUGAGAGGUUUUAAAAUAUUAAGAAUAUCAGUUCCAAGCCCUUUAAGUGCUCCCAUUCCCUCAUUUGUCAGUCUCCAUACAUGUGUCAGUGAGAAGCAGUCAAUCUAAUUGUGCCUCAUUUGGAGACUGAAAUGUGAUUAUGCAGCUGAGAGACUCCCAUCAGCAGACAAAGUGAGUCAUCUUUGGGACAAUGAGUUUAAUCCAAUGGAAGUGUAUGAGUUAAGGUCAUUACUAUUGUUAUUAUAAAUCGUUUUGUCUUUGUUGAUUGUAUGAAAAUGAGUUCACAGCCAUACAUUUUUAUAGCAUGUCUUGGAAAGCCAUGUCUAUCUGCAUUUGAUUCAGAAGUGCCGGGAAACGAAAACAAUAAAAAAAGA